UCCACCUCCGUCCUCCUCCCUGGCUCCGUCGCAGACACAGCCAGAUUCCGUGCCCUCUUCUUCUUCUUUCAAUUCGUUCCACACAAGCACAAAACCACAUUCAUUUCACCCUUAUCCACUUUCCAAACACAUCCUUAACCCAAAAACCAACUCAUGAAAACGCGAUUAAUCUUCUACACUUACCAGAUUUGCUUUUCUCAGAACCCGUAUGUAUGUAUAAUCGAUUCCCCUAACCUAAACCCUAUCUCGAUUUUCGGUGCAUUGAUCUCUCUCCUCAAUCUUUUGUACGCUGCGUUUUGAAUGGACUUUGGUGCUUCUGCACUCAUAGCUGCUCAUCAAUCUUCAACGUUUUCCAGGGUGUUUCCGGAACAUGGAUUCGCGCAAGUGCAAACCUUCUUCUGGUCGUGUGAGUGUUGCACCUGCGCCUGCUGUGAGUGUUGCGAAUCAGGUGGAUGAGGUGGCUCGUUCCCUCAGGGAGGUGGGGCGUGUUGGGACUGAUGUGGAUAUAGACCUCAGGGAGGUUUACUUUUUGAUCAUGCACUUUUUGUCUGCCGGGCCGUGCCAGAAGACUUUUGUGCAGCUCGGGAAUGAACUUUUAGAGCAUCAGCUGCUACCCAGAAGAUAUCAUGCUUGGUAUUCUAGAAGUGGUGAGGCUAGCGGGAAUGAUGUUGACAAUGAUGAUGGCAUCUCUUUGCCUUUAAAUUACGAUGAUUUGGCUAACAGGUAUCCCCACAUAGCUAAGGAUCACUUGGUAAAGCUUCUGAAGCAAUUAAUGCUGAGUAUGACCCAUCCUCUGCAUGGAAAACUUGGAGGAAGCAGUCCUAACGCAGCCGAUGUUCCUACUUUACUUGGACAUGGUUCUUUUUCGCUUCUUGAUACUGAUGGAAAAACAGCAGACAAGCCGGUGAAGCCUCUCCCACUUUACCUUCGCUGGCCACACAUGAAGGCUAAUCAGGUUCAGGGUUUAAGCUUAAGGGAAAUUGGAGGUGGUUUUACAAAGCAUCAUCGUGCUCCAUCUAUUCGCAGUGCAUGUUAUGCUAUUGCCAAACCAUCUACUAUGGUGCAAAGGAUGCAAAAUAUUAAAAAGUUAAGGGGUCACCGUGUGGCUGUCUAUUGUGCCAUAUUUGAUGGAUCAGGGCGAUAUGUUAUCAGUGGUUCAGAUGAUCGCCUUGUCAAGAUUUGGUCUAUGGAAACUGCAUUUUGUUUAGCUAGUUGCCGUGGACAUGAAGGUGAUAUUACUGACAUGGCCGUAAGCUCAAAUAAUGCUUUGGUGGCAUCUGCUUCAAAUGAUUUUGUCAUUAGAGUUUGGCGCUUACCAGAUGGGAUGCCAAUCUCCGUUUUGCGGGGACAUACUGGAGCCGUUAAUACCAUUGCAUUCAGUCCUAGGCCUACUGCUGUAUACCAGCUGCUAUCGUCAUCUGAUGAUGGAACUUGUAGAAUAUGGGAUGCAAGAAAUUCACACAAUCCACGCAUAUAUGUGCCUCGACCUUCCGAUUCUGUAACUGGGAAGGGUAAUGCUCCACCAGCUAAUUUACCGUCCUCGAGUAAUGGUCAACAUAGCUAUCAAAUACUUUGCUGUGCGUAUAAUGCAAAUGGAACUGUUUUUGUUACUGGUAGCGCUGAUACUUUUGCCAGGGUGUGGAGUGCUUUAAAGCCUAACAACAGUGACUCAGAACAACCAGUACAUGAGAUAGAUUUAUUAUCUGGUCACGAGAAUGAUGUUAAUUAUGUACAGUUUAGUGGUUGCUCUGUGGCUUCAAAAUUGGUGACAUCUGAUUCUUGGAGAGAAGAAAAUACGCAGAAGUUCCGGAAUUUCUGGUACUGUCAUGAUAACAUAGUUACUUGUUCUCGUGAUGGAAGCGCAAUUAUAUGGGUUCCCAGAUCACGAAGAUCUCAUGGAAAAGUAGGACGUUGGACUCGCGCAUAUCAUCUUAAAGUUCCCCCUCCACCCCUGCCUCCUCAACCUCCGCGAGGGGGUCCAAGACAGAGAUUGUUACCAACUCCUCGCGGUGUUAACAUGAUUGUAUGGAGUCUGGACAAUCGCUUCGUACUUGCAGCUAUUAUGGACUGCAGAAUAUGUGUAUGGAACGCAGUUGAUGGCAGCUUAGUGCACAGUUUGACCGGUCAUACAGCAUCCUCUUAUGUAUUGGAUGUUCAUCCUUUCAACCCUCGCAUAGCUAUGAGUGCUGGGUAUGAUGGGAGAACUAUUGUGUGGGAUAUAUGGGAAGGCAUACCUAUUCGGACGUAUGAAAUUGGACGUUUUAAGUUGGUUGAUGGAAAGUUUUCUCCGGAUGGAACAUCAAUUAUACUUUCAGAUGAUGUUGGUCAGAUAUAUUUUCUGAAUACAGGUCAAGGCGAGUCCCAGAAGGAUGCAAAAUAUGAUCAGUUUUUUCUUGGUGACUAUCGACCCCUUAUUCAAGAUACUCAGGGAAAUGUUCUUGAUCAGGAAACUCAACUUCCGCCACACCGAAGAAACAUUCAGGAACCUCUAUGUGACUCUAGUAUGGUGCCAUAUCCAGAACCUUACCAGAGUCAAUUUCAGCAACGCCGGCUUGGUGCUCUUGGCAUUGAAUGGCGUCCGUCAAUGAUAAAAUAUGCUGUUGGGCCAGAAUUUAGUGUUGAUCAGGACUACCCGUUGAUACCUUUGAUAGAUUUGGAAGGAAUGUUUGAGCUGCAACCAGAGCUCACAGAUGCCAUGUUCUGGGAGCCAGAGUAUGACAUUGCAAGUGAUGAUAAUAAUGACUCUGAGUACAAUGUGAACGAGGAUAAUUCUAGUGCAGCUGAGCAAGGGAGCGUUAGUGCUAUCUCUUCUAGUGACCUAGAGUGCAGUGAAGAUGACUCUAGUAGUAGGGAUGGUCUUCGAAGAUCAAGGAGGAAGAAACAUAAGGUUGAAGUUGAGGUAAUGACUUCUUCUGGAAGGCGUGUCAGGAAAAGGAAUUUGGAUGAGUGUAAUGGUAAUACUUCUGGAAGUAACAGAACUAUCAAAUCCAAAGGAAGCUUAAAAUCAUCGAGAAGGAAAUCUUCCAAAACUAAGAAAUUAAGGCCCCAGAGAGUUGCUGCACACAAUGCUCGUAAUAUGUUGUCUCAAAUUGGUGAAACGUCUACUGAUGAAGAAGAUAAUGAUUCUGAAGAUGAAUUGUCAGAAAGUUUCCAAAAUUCAGACGAUCUAAGUGAACCUGAGAGAAAAAGGCAUAAUAAUCGUGAUGAACAUAAAAAACCCAUUUUGGAAGAGUUGGAUGAUGUGUCCAAGCCUUCUGCAUAUCCUGAGGUGCCUGCAAUUGCUGAAAGACCAAGGCUGGUUGUUAAGAUCUCACUUCCUAAGAGAAAUGUGACCUUAGAGGGCACAAGACUUGCACGUGAGACUGAGGUUAAUGUGGCAUCUCAAUCUUCUGGUCCCCAACUCCAAGAAAGUGUUCAAAAUACUUUGCCAGACAGAAAUACUGUGGAUCUAGCAUUAUCUUUUGCAAAUUCAACUAAUGCUAAACUUGCCCAAAGCCACAAAAAUGAAGAUGAUGAUAAUAUACAAGCUGAUAGUGCUGCAAAUAAUCUGGACACAUCUGAAUGUGUGGAGGGGAACACAGUUCAGUGCAGACAGAUGAGAAGAGACACACAUGAACUGUCAAGAUCCGGGGAUGCUUUGCUGACAGAUGCUAAAGUUGAUGACCAUCUGGAAUACACUGCCAAUGGGAGAUCAGAACAUAUGACAAGGGAGUUGGAGACUGUUGGUAGCAUGAUUAAUACAGUGGUGGAAGAUUUUGAUAAUGCACCUAAGUUUUCAUCACUUGAACCUUCAACGCUUGGCAAUCAUCAGCCAAAUGCUAACAUCUCCAUGACAUCUGGUUAUGAUAAGUUGAAUGGUGGUUAUAACGGCAGAUCUGGAUCCAACAAAUGCACAGAAGAGUCACUGGAAAAUGUUGUUCACUCAAGCCAAUUUCACGACCUUAAAAUGAAAGCACCUAUGAAAGCAAGGAAGUUAGUGAUUAAAAAGAAACAGCUUUCAGCAGACACUGGAAGUUCUGGCAAACUGAAAUUUUCUAGUUCUGAGGCAGAUCCUGUAGGUAGUAGAGGUGAUGUGAACUCUCGAAAUUCCUCUUUCAUGGGGCCUAAUCUAGUAACAGAAGUACCAGAAGGUGAAGAUGGCAGGAAUUUAAGUUCUCCACAGCUACUGCAUUCGUAUUCUGAGCAAAGAAGUUACGAUCACGUCCUUGAAGGGGACAAUUCAUAUAAAAGGGAAGUCAUUCCAGAUGGUCUUGAAGAAAAUACCUCAGUUUUUGGAAUUAAACAUGGUUUAGGGAGUAGUUUAUCUAAUGUUGUUAAGGAUCCAAUCCGUCGAACACGGUCUAUCAGGAUGAAGACCACUCCUGAGGAGCCAAACACUUUGAACACAAAGAUUAAAAUUCGAGGGGGCCAAAGUUCCAGGGGCAUAUCCACUUGGGAAGGUUCUUCUAUCAAAGCAUGUGAUCAAGUUCAUCAAAGAACAAGGUCUGCUAGAAACGGGUUUGAUGAAUAUACUGCCAAUGACCGUAGUAUUUCAACUCAAAGGGUGGUGUCAAAUCACCAUGUUAAAAAAUUGUCAUGGCUAAUGCUCUCAGAGCAUGAGGAGGGUUACCGUUACAUUCCUCAACUUGGAGAUGAAGUUGUGUACUUGAGACAGGGUCAUCAAGAGUAUAUAGAGUCUUGUGCACCAUCUGAAUCAGGUCCUUGGAGUUCAUUUAAAGGACUAAGUGCUUCUGAAAUUUGCAAGGUUGAAAAGCUUGAGUAUGCAGAGCUCCCAGGGUCUGGGGAUAGCUGUUGUAAACUUAAACUCCAGUUUAUAGAUCCUUCUUCAUCUGUGUAUGGCAAAUCCUUUAAAUUAACUCUGCCUGAAUUGAUUAACUUCUCUGAUUUUGUUGUUGAGAGAACGUGGUAUGAUUCUGCCAUGAAGAGAAAUUGGACUUCAAGAGAUAAAUGUAUGGUCUGGUGGAAAAAUGAAGAUGGGGAAAGUGGAAGUUGGUGGGAGGGUCGAAUUACUGCAGUGGAAGCCAAAUCUCAUGAGUUCCCUGACAGUCCUUGGGAAAGGUAUUCGAUCCAGUACAAGACUGAUCCAAAUAUUCAUAAGCAUAGUCCGUGGGAACUAAAUGACCCUGAGAUGCUGUGGGAGCACCCCCACAUUGAUCAUGAGACCAGGGAUAAGCUGCUUUCUUAUUUUGCUAAAUUAGAUCGCAGGGAGAAGUAUGAUAUCCAGGCAUUGAACCAAGUAGCUGGGAAGCUAGAGUUUUCAAACAGGUUUCCGGUCUCAUUAUAUCCUGAACUGAUUCAGAUAAGGCUAAAGAAUGACUACUAUCGGUGUGUGGAAGGUGCCAAGCAUGAUAUAAUGGUAAUGUUAUCAAAUGCUGAAGAAUUCUUUACAAUUGCAAAAAAUAUUCAGCUGUUGGGCAAGACCAGGCGAAUAUCCGAAUGGUUUAGAAGAAAACUUGAAAGGAUAUGACAGCCCAAAAAUGGGUUUUAUAGGUUUAUUGUAACAUUGUUUUGUAGGUUUCUUGUAACAUUGUUUUCUAUUCAUUAUCCAAUUUUGGAGAAUUAGUUGCUCUUUAAGCAAAUGCUUUUUAUACAAAUGGAGAAGGCCAUACAUAGGUGGUGGUAAAUAUUAGUUGUUACGAGUGUGUGUAUAUAUAGCCUCAUCUUCUAAAUGCCUUAGUCGUUAUGAUGAUAUAUGUAUUGUCAUCACUUUACGACGUUGAUUUCUAAUCUGAAAUGUUUUGGUGGU